AAAUUAUUAAUUAAUAAUAAUAAAGAAGUAUACAAAAUAAUAAAGGCAUAGAUAGAUAUGGAUAACUUAUAACUUAAUGAAUUAUCUAAUUAAAGUUGCAUUUUUCAUCCAGAUAAAAAGAUUACUUUUAUACAAGUAAUUGGAGUGUCUAAUUAACCUAACGCAAACAUAUUUCUCUGCGAUUAAUGCUUCGACUAGGAUUUAGACUUAAAAGGAGUUAACUACAUGACUAUCUCUCAAAUCAUUGAAAAAGCAGAAAAAGAAUUUUAAUUUAAAUGGCCUCCUCUCAAAGAUUAAUCAUUAAUCUAAAUGUUGCAUUUGAAAUCUUAGAAUAUUAUAUCUGCAGACAAGAUUUUAUAAUAAAUCAACAGCUUUUUCGCCAAUUUCAAGGAUGAAAUCAUUAAAAAAAUAGAUUUCAAUCGGAAGAAAAUGAUUAAUUAUGUAUUAGAUCCUCCUUUCAAUAAAGAGCAAAUCAUGAAAUAGUAUUAGCAAAUAUCUUAAAUUCUAAGCUUAAAGAAUUUACUUUUAGAGAAUUAGAAAGAAUCCUUUGAUAAACACUAGUAGAAGUGCAAAGACUUUAUUUAUUAGUUUGAAACUUAAAAAGAAAGCAAUACAAAAUAAAUUGAGGAAUUACUUAAACAAUGCGAUUAAGUAGGAUAAAUAAUUGAUUUUGACUAUCUAAACACACUAAAGCAGUAAGUUUUAGAUUUUGUAGAUGAAAUUAAAUUGAAUUCAAAUAAAGAUAUUCUAGGCUUAUAAAAACCUAUUUAAAGUCAAAUUAGCGAUAAUUAACAAAGUAUAAAUAAUAAUAACAACAACAACGCAGAGAAAUUGAUGUAACUAAUUUCUAAUAAAUCAAAUUAUUGUAGCGAAGAGUUUUUGGAAUCUGCGAGAAAAGAAUUAACUAAAUUAAAUCAAUAGCUAAGUAGAAUUUAGUUUGAUAAUAUUUUCAAAGAAAAUAGACAACCAAUAAAAUUUUCUUAAAUAAAUGAUGAAUAGUUAUAAAAUAUUAAUGGAUAUGUAGAAAAUUUUAUAAAAUUGGGAAAUGAUCAAAGUUAUUUACAGUAAAUUUAAUAAUCAGUAAAUUUAAACAAAGUUGUUGAAGAUUCUAGAUUAUCCAAACCAAAAUAAAAAAAUAGAUCUUACAAGGUGGCAUGA